CUUGUGUUCACGUGUACACUAGCUGUUGUAAACAAAAUCGCAAUAUUCGGUUCAGAAUACGGAUUUUGUAAUUUCAGUAAUUAAAAAAAAAAAAAAAAAAAAAACUAAUGAAAGAGAAAUUUGCAUCCAAGCAUAAAAUUUAUUUUAGCCUAUAAAUAUAAAGUGUUAAGUCUCUUACAUAUUGAGAUUUCGAAGUACAUUCUAGUUACCUGAAGAACCAAAACUAAAAGUUUUUUACUUUUUAAUAUUCACAAUAUGACUAAUGAACAGGAUAUUCCUAUUGAUAUACAUCUAAACAAAUUACUUGAUUGGCUGGUUAGUCGUAGAAUUUGUCCAAGUGAUUGGCAAAAGAAUGUACUAGUUGUUCGUCAGAAUAUUAACAAUGCCAUUCAAGAUAUGCCAGCUGUGGAUGAAAUAGCUAAUUUAUUAGCUGGAACAUAUAUCAAUUACUUUCAUUGCCUCAGAAUUGUAGAACUUCUCAAGGAAACUGAAUCUUCCACAAAAAAUAUAUUUGGACAGUAUUCAUCUCAAAGAAUGAAGGAUUGGGUAGAAAUAGUGAAAUUGUAUGAAAAGGAUAAUAUUUAUUUAGCUGAAGCAGCACAGUUACUGGUUCGAAAUAUUAUGUACGAGUUACCAUCAUUGAAAAGACAAUUGACGAAAUGCAAGCAGCUACAAGAUGAAAGUGCAAAGAAGGAGUUAGAUUACGCAAAAAAUGAGCAUGCUAUGAGAGAAAAUUAUGCAGCAUCCUGUAAACAAAUAGGAAUUGAGGGUAAAAAUGUCAAAAAAGAAUUGCUGUCUUUGUUAGAUGAAUUACCAGAAGCACUUGGAUCGGUUGCUGUUUCUUCAAAAAAAUUAGCUCUUGUUCGAAAUUAUUAUGUAUCUUUUCUAAAGUUUACUCUCAACAGGGAUGUGGAGAAUACUUGCCUUCCUGUCUUAAAGCAUAUCAUUGAAAAGGGUAAUACCACUACUUUUGAGUGGAGAACUGGUGAACCACCUGAUGUGGUUGAAGUCACAACUCCUGUCAUUCCUUUAGAUGUUGAAUCGGGAAGUACUGAAGCACCAGAUGACCAGGUCUGAUUUGCAAUGCAUUUC